AUGCGGUUUGUGGCAACGUGGUGGAAGUUAGAAAUCCAACUUGUUGGGGAGCCGAACAACCAAACGAAGAAGACCAACAGGCUGCCCAACCGCCAAGUGGCCAACGCAAGACCCGCGUACUAUCCAAGCCAAGUAAACCCCAUCACCGAGCCAAGUGGAGCCCGCCAGCUAGCACAAACCGAUGUCCGUGAGGGGCCGUUGGUGGCGAUAAGUCCCGGGUCGGACGUAAGGCAGCUGGGGCCCUCCGAACGAGCUAGUCGAGAUUCGACGAAGUUUCGGGUUGCGUCACAAGACUGCCCAGCCAAUGUGAGCAGCGACCAAGAGGUGGGAGCGGGCGAGCGGGGCGAAGCGACGGACGAGCAAGAAGUCCGGGGCAUGUACGACGCAGAUCAGCCAAGAACUUCUGUGCGGGGUGAAAGAAACGUAGAUCUGCAGAUAUUACAAGAUCCAGAAAUCAUCUCAAUAGCGGAGAGGUGGAACUUCGAAGCGGGAAGGGGGAGAACGGCCCCAGGGUUCGCGGCCCGGCCACCAUGCGUCCCGAUCGAUGCGACACACGCGGUCGUCGACGGUUGUGGGGGAGCCCUCGCCGUGCAGACCGUGUUCAAGCGCGGUCUCACAAGGGAAAAGUAA